AUGGCUGCCGACAGACCGAAGUCGGGCUUUCUGGGCAAUAUCACAAAGGCGCAGGAGGCAAAACUACAAUCGCUGUGGUCUGUUUUGCUCAAAACAGGGGAGAACUCUUGGAUCAAUGGACCUGUCAGCGGCUGUGUAGAGGAACAUGCCAGUCCACCGCCUCCUCAAAUACGACUUUCGCUGCUUGGUCGCACCCAAAGCAACCUUGAAGAACUCGGUACAGGGGUACAGGAUUUGAACGUGAUUAAGAAGGCUCUCGCUCAGAUCGCACCGGCUGAGCUGCGUACGGGCAUACUAGAUACCCUGAAGCACGACCACCCCGAUGCUGUACUUCUACGAUUCCUCCGUGCUCGCAAAUGGGAUGUUCCUAAGGCAUUCUCCAUGCUGAUGAAUACAGUUGUUUGGCGAGUGAAGGAGAUACAUGUGGAUGACGAUAUAAUGGCAAAAGGAGAACUGCAUGCCCUCAAUCAGACUCAAGACAUAUCUAGCACAAGUGAACAAAAGGCUGGGAAUGAUUUCAUGUCUCAAAUGCGGAUGGGAAAGAGUUACGUUCAUGGUGUCGAUCGGUCAGGUCGCCCAAUUGUGGUGGUGAGGGUUCGCCUGCAUCAGCCCGGCACUCAGAGCCAAGAAUCCUUAGAGCGAUACAUCGUUCAUGUGAUUGAAUCCGUACGAUUGACAUUGGCUCCUCCCGUUGAAACUGCAGCUGUGCUGUUCGAUAUGACAGGGUUCGGAUUGUCCAAUAUGGACUAUCCACCUGUGAAAUUCAUUCUAAGGUGUUUCGAGGCCAAUUAUCCCGAAUCAUUGGGAAUUAUCCUUAUUCAUAAUUCUCCAUGGGUGUUUUCAGGCAUUUGGAGACUCAUUCGAGGCUGGAUGGAUCCCGAAAUUGCAGCCAAGGUUCAAUUUACGAAUAGUGUCGCCGAUCUUGAGAAGUUCAUUGCUCGAGAUCAGAUCGUGGAAGAAUUAGGCGGCAACGAAAACUGGAGAUAUCAAUACGCGGAGCCCAGUCCCAACGAGAACUCAAAGAUGAAUGACACUACAACACGGGACGCUCUGAAAGCCGAACGCCAGACUAUUGGCGAUGAGUUUUUGACUGCCACCUCUGGGUGGAUCGAUGCGAGUAGAUCCAAAGACCCGAGCAAAAUUCAAUCCAGCGAAGGCGAACGAGCUUAUCUGGCUGAGCGACUCCGAGUCAAUCACUGGAGACUGGAUCCUUAUACCCGUGCCCGUACUCAGCUCGAUCGAACCAAGGUCAUUCAGGAAGGUGGCAAAAUUGACUUUCACCCUAAGGAUAUAUCCGUGGGCAGUCAGAAUGAAAAGAUCAAGACAUCCCAGCAUAUGGAGCAUUUAGAACGAGUCAACGGGACUGAAACUCGAACUGCUUCUUAG